UACUUUUUCUGCAUGCUCUCAAUGAACUUAGAAUCGGCGUCGCUGCGUAGGAAAAGAAGGCUUUUGCUUUGCGAGUGGCAGUGGAUUUGUGGGGCGCACAACAAAUACGUCGUCGUUUCACUCCAAACAAUCACAAAAACCUUUCCCCCGCCAAAUAUUCAAUCAUAUCAUAACCGCGUAAAUCACGCUCCAAAUCAAACACUCUCUUUCCUACGUGUCAAUCCUUCAUUGGCCAUACUCCACAAUCGUAACCACCAUUCAACCACCAAAAAGCACAGAAUCAUACACACAAAUAAAGCAAACAAAAAAGCGUUCCCUUUUCUUUUCAUCUUUCCCCGUUUCAUUCACUGAGUUAUAACUCGUUCCCUUUUUGCUACCGAGUGGUAACUCGGCCCCGCGACACAAUCAUCACAUCACACUCUCUCAGUAUUGCAUAAAUUCCCCCCAAUGGAUCUUUCUCGAGACUCCAUGCUUCAAUCUUUAACCAACUUUUUUCCAUUCCCUCUUUUCGAUGCUUCUCUGAAAUUCACGUUUCCGUAUGGCUGAAACUCACGAAACCGAAUCGGGGACCUGUAGACCCGAUCCCGGAAUCGGGUCGGGUGAAAACCCUAGUAACGGGAUUAGGAAGGUGAGUUUUCGAGCUGAGAUUGAUACAUCGCCGCCGUUUGAAUCGGUUAAGGAAGCUGUGACUCGUUUCGGUGGAAGCGGACCUUGGAUACCUCUUUACAGGCUUGGAGAAGCUUUUAACAACUUUGAAGAUUUUGAUAUAAAGAAAGUGGAGGAACAAGCAGCGGAGUUGGAGAAGGAUUUGAUUGUCAAAGAACUCGAAACACUUGACGUGCUCGAAGAGUUGGGAGCUACCAAAAGGAUUGUGGAGGACUUAAAGCAGCAGCUACAAAAAGAAGCAUUGAAAUUAUCCGCAACUCCGGAUUUAAAUUCUUAUGAACAGGUUGGAACUCCUGUUAUUAAGGAGAUGAACAAGGAAAGUAAUGGGAAUAUAGUCAACAAUCAAGAACAAAUAUUGCAAAUUCCAAGUUCAUGCUCUAUGUCAUCACCUGAUAUGCUUUUAAUGGAGUUGAAACAAGCCAAAGUGAAUCUUGGUAAUACUAUGAAUGAACUUGAGGCAAUACAAUCAUCUGUUGAAUCUUUAAAUAAGAAGAUGAAGAAGGAGAAAGCUUUUCUGGAGAAGACACGAGAAAAGCUAGCAUCAAAGUUUGCAGCUGUCUCUGCUCAAGAGAAGGUCCAAGAGGAAGCAAGAUUGAACCCACCAUCAUCUCAUGUGGAAUUCACUUUUGAUACUCCUGCAAAUAUGAGGAAUUUCAAUUGUGAUUCUGAGCAGCACAAUAGAAUGGUUGAGACAAGAAGAUCUGAAGUUUCAAAGCCCUUAUCUGUGUAUGAAGAGCACGAGUUUAAUGUUAAGACCGCUGAAAUGAGGUGGCUAGCAGCUAAAAAGAUGGAAGAAGCUGCAAGGGCAGCAGAAGCUAUUGCACUUGCUGAAAUCAAGGCUCUGUCCGGUACUGAGAGAUCAUAUGAAUUCGCUCUGCCGGAACCUCGGAAAGUCACUUUUGCUUUAGCAGAAAACAUUCCUCUAAACCACAAGGCUAUGAUGAUACCUGAGGAGCCUACCUUGAAGAAGGUAACUGAUUCAAAGUUUCAAUUUGAUGAAACAAAUAUUUCUAAACUGACUAUUCUGAAAAAGUUGGAGGAGGCUUCAGAAGAAAUUCUACACAGCAAACAAGUCUUAACUGAUGCUUUAAACAGAAUUGAAACUGCAAAUAGAAAGCAACAUGCUGCUAAGGAAGCUCUGCGGAAAUGGAUACCGGAGGUUGAUCUAAAGGAGAAAACAAUGUAUAACUCUUUCAAUUUUAACAAGUUUAAUCAAGCUGGAUUUCGUCAAGAUUCUUCUCUACCAGAUGUAACCAGGUCAACAACUGCAAACAAUAAACCAAGGCCUGUUUCCAGGCCAACAACUUCAAUGAGAGAUGUACUUAGCAAAAAACAAGUUCCUGAAGGAUAUGCUGAAAGGAAGGAGAUGGAAGAGCAUACUGAAAGACGAAAGGUAGCAUUGAGUCAAAUGCUCAGAGCAUUGAGAGAAGAUCUAAUCCUUUCACCAAAAGCUGAGAAAGACCAUGUUAGCGACCAAAAGCCGACUGUGACACCGAAGAAGAAGUUUGGAUUCAUCCAUAUAUCACUCCCUAUGGCUAGGCCAAGUAAGAAAAGGACAUGAAAUUUCAUUCUAAGUUACCGUUACUGGGUCGUUCAUGAUUCGUUAUUGGUUCAUGAGUUUGAUUUCCUGUUAUUUAUAUAGAAUAAAGUUUGUGUGGUUGUAUGAUUUUGUUAAAUAUGUUGUGUUUGAGAUUAAGUGGAGGUAUAUAUUCUGAAACUAGCUUUGGUGGAGCUAGUACAUUAUGCUAGCUCUUCUCAUUGGAUGCAUUGAUUAUUAGAGUGAUGUUGAAUCUAUCUACAGGGUAUGGAGGUCUUACCAUUGGCUAAUCUGAUUGUAAAAUUGUUAGAAGUAUGAUCACGUGGAUGCCCUGUUACCUAUAUAGAUAAAUUUAUAUUUGUUGAUCUA